AUGUAUGGCUACAUUAAGUUUCGGUUUGCUACACUUUUGGAUACAGAAAAUAUUUUGUCAGGGGCAACACAGGUCUUGCUAGAUAUGUUACAAACGGCGCAAUGGGAACCAAAUUUUAAAAGACUGCAUUGCUACCUUAAAGUUCUAUUUAUUGAUGAUUACGAAGCCUACAAAUUCACUUGUGAAAUAAGCGAUUAUAAAUUGUACCACUUCAUAGUAGGCGUUGCCCACCUCUUCCGCGCCAUUGCGCUUGGACAGGGAAAUAACGUCGCAUAUGAUGUUGCCUUCAAAGGAGAUCGUUUGAUUAAUGGGACCAAAAUCAUCCGCCCAAUUAAAGAUCUAAGUGAAACAGAGACUUUACUCUAUAUACGUGCACGAAACGCUAGCUUCAGAGGCUAUCAGCUCUCCAUUGAUUAA